AUGGCUACAAAUCAGGAAGAGGUGAAGCUUUUGGGAGCUAUGGGAAGCGCAUUUGUGUGUAGAGUACAGAUUGCUCUCAAGUUGAAGGGAAUUGAAUACAAAUUUGUUCAAGAAAACAUAGCCAACAAAAGUGAUCUACUCCUCAAAUACAACCCGGUUUAUAAAAAGAUUCCAGUUUUUGUUCACAAUGAGAAGCCUAUAUCAGAGUCUCUGGUGAUUCUUGAAUACAUUGAUGAUACCUGGAAACAAAAUCCCAUCUUGCCUUCUGAACCAUAUCAAAGAGCCUUGGCUCGGUUUUGGUCCAAGUUCAUUGAUGAAAAGGUAAAAAUGUUGAGUUUUAAAUUGUGGUCUUCUGUUCAUGUCGUUGAUGAUGAUAAAGAGCGUGCGAAGAAUGUUGCAGAAACAUUUGAGGCUCUUCAGUUUCUUGAGAAUGAGUUGAAGGAGAAGUUCUUUGGGGGAGAAGAGAUUGGUUUUGUGGAUAUUGCUGCUGUGUUCAUAGCUUUUUGGAUCCCUUUGAUUCAAGAUGUAACAGGGUUGCAAUUGCUCACUGCUGAAAAGUUUCCAAAGCUUUACCAAUGGAGCCAAAAAUUUCUCAACCAUCCAAUUGUUGAGCAAUGUCUGCCUCCUAGAGACCCUGUUUUUUCGUAUUUCAAAGCUCACUAUGAUAGCCUCUUUUUAUCGAAAUAG